GCAGCAGCAGGCAGCGCGGCCGCCCUACGUCACAUCCGGCCCUUGCGAGUCAGGGUUGCGGAACCCUCGCGAUGAAGUGCGUGUUCGUUACUGUAGGGACCACCAGCUUCGACGACCUCAUUGCGUGCGUAUCGGCGCACGACACUCUGCAAGUAAUCAAGAGCCUUGGUUACAACCGACUGGUCCUACAAAUAGGGAGAGGAAAGGUGGUACCCGAACCAUUCAGUACUGAGUCAUUUACUCUGGAUGUUUACAGGUACAAGGAUUCAUUGAAAGAAGACCUUCAGAAAGCCGAUCUUGUUAUUAGUCAUGCAGGUGCAGGAAGCUGUUUGGAGACUCUGGAAAAAAGAAAGCCACUUGUAGUGGUUAUCAACGAAAAGUUGAUGAACAAUCAUCAGCUGGAAUUGGCAAAGCAGCUGCAUAAAGACGGGCAUCUCUUCUACUGUACCUGCAGCACGCUUCCUGGGCUGUUACAGUCAAUGGACUUAUCAACACUGAAAUGUUUUCCUCCUGGCCAGCCAGAAAAAUUUUCUGCAUUUUUGGAUAAAGUUGUUGGAUUACAAAAAUAAACACCAAACUCUCAACACUUUAAAAACACCCCCCAAAUGCAACCAAUGGAAUGUGGUUAAAUUAAAUAUAUAAUAUAUAUUGGCAGAAUAAUAUAAGUUAAUAAAAUUCCUACAUCUAUAGAAUGUGUAGAAAAUUUUAUGAUGUGAAUAUAAACAUUUGAGUCUAAA